AUGCGUAAAGUUACACCUUCUAAUAAUAUGAAUCCCACGCGUAGUGAAGAAAUUGAGAAUAUUAUACAUUGCUCCCUUCAACACUUUGAGUACGAUGAUGCGGUAAUGCUGGCCGAAGUGUAUCAUGAAACAGUGAAUACCAGUGAUUCGUUGUAUUUAUACGCAUACUGUUUGACUCGAGCUGAGCGCUUGGAGGCGGCAUAUAAUUUAUUGAAACUCAAAUUCCUUUCAUCUCCGGAAAUUCGUUAUCUGUUUGCACAUUGCUGUUACCAUCUAGAAAAAUAUCAAGAAGCAGAAAUGGCUUUACGUAUACACGAUCAGCCUAAAUUAGAUGAUUGUUUCACCAAUACUUCUGUGGAAUCGUUUGCUCACAGUCUGCUCAGCAGAGUUUUCGUAGAAACUGGUCGACCCGAUGAAGCAGCUGAUGAGGGUAAGUUGGCUCUAAAGCAAAAUGUAUUUUCGUGGACGAGUUUGAAAACAUUAUGUAAUUUGGGCGUCGGAAAUCCAGAAAAUAUUUACACAAGUUUAUUGACAUGUGUAAAUGAAGCACGUUCAGCAGAUAAACCAAAGACUUCUAAAAGCACGGGUGUGCCAAUGAGGAGCGUUGAGAAAGUGACAAGAAAUGCGGAGAAAAGAACGCCAAGUGGUAGUAAAGAAAUUGAGCAAAAAGUGACUUGUUUUGCACCAAAAAAAGGCAUAGCAGCUAAGCGAAAUACGGAACUAGGUAUAGUUAAAAGACGAUUGGAGGAAGGCAUGGAAACACGGCGCAGCGUGCGUUCGUAUGGAGUCUCACAGGAUAGUGAAAAUCAAACUGUUGCUAAAGAUUUGAGAACUUCUACACGUUCUCGUGUUGCAGGCCUCUCUGCAAGUGGAACACCACGUAGUUUGCAAGACAAACAGUUACGCUCAGUAAAUCGCAUCAACGAAAUAGAGUUAUCGAAAACACCACCACCGAUACCUUCAAUUCACAAAUUAAUGGAAUCAAAUGAUGAUCUUCCGGAAACACCACCUAAACUGCAAGAUGAAUCUGCUCACCAAGCGCAGAAAAGCUCAUUAAGUCGUAGACGUUCUGGCUCUCAGCCUUCUGUUAUUCCCCUUUCUUCACACGAUCAAAAUACUGUACAGUUUAAACAGGAGCCGGAAUCAUUGGGUGUCUCAGUUGUUUUCUCACGUUCAUCAUCCAGUGUGUCGUUGACAUCUUCUUGUUCACCUCAACCAACCAGACAUCGUAGCAGGGAGAAAUUUCGAUGGGAGACAUGUACUCGAAUAAUGAAACGUUUACAUAGUUUCGUUUCGAGACCGCCAUCAGUUCAACGUCUUCAGCGCUGUAUUACUGACUGGUCUGCUCUAUUCACGACAGUGGUAGAACACAUUAGUUGGUUAGCUAUGCUUCAAUGUGCUGUGGCGACAUACAGAUCAAACUCAGUAAUUGGCCGCUACAAUCUGAUGCCUGAAAAGUGCAAAAAAUUUGCCUUGGCUAGGGAAUUGCUGGCUCGGGCAUAUUUAGAAAAGCUUGAUUAUACAAAGGCAACAGAAAUCCUGGAAGAACUUCACCAAGAAUUUCCACAUCGCGUUGCAGGAAUGGAGAUUCUUUCAACAGCACUCUGGCAUGCGCAAGAUGUCCGUCGACUGUCGGUACUUGCUAUGCAAAUAACAGAGGAAUGUCGCUUUUGUCCUGAGGGUUGGUGUGUAGCCGGUAAUUGCUUCAGCGUGCAAAAGCAGCAUGAUACAGCCAUUGAAUGUUUCGAACGUGCCGUCACUAUUAAUACACGUUUUCCAUAUGCUUAUACGUUGUUAGGGCAUGAAUUGCUGGAUUCGGAUCACCAGAGCAAAGCUGCUGCUGCCUUUAGACGCGCACUUCUGCUUUGUCCGACUGAUUACCGUGCCUGGUUCGGACUAGGAUUAUUGCAUUUUAAGAAAGAACAAGUGAACCUUGCUCGUGUUCAUUUAAGUCGGGCUGUAGCAAUCAAUCCGUUUAAUUCAGUUCUACUAUGUCAAUUAUCAGUUGUUGAACAAGCACUGCAUAAUAAUGAUACGGCAAUGGAACUGUUACAGAACGCGUUGAAGAUUUCACCAGACAAUGCUGCUUGCAGAUUUUAUCGUGCUCGUUUGUUGUAUGAAAUGCAUGAUUAUGCUCAAUGUCUCGAGGAGUUAAAUGAUCUAAAACUUAUUGCUCAUGAUGAAGCGCAGGUAUUUUUCCUCUUGGGUCGCGUGCAUAAGAAGCUUGGUGAUACACAUCUAGCGUUGUUAAACUUUAGUUUGGCGGCAGAAAUGGAUCCACGUGGAGAGCAGAGUCGCAAUAACUUUACCGAUGCUCCCUAUGAUGACGAACCUUCCUCUCCUCCAUCUGAAUGAAGAUUCGUUUAAAAUCUAGAUUUAUGAAUUUUUCAAAAUUUCUUUUAGCUCUAAAAUAUUUCAUGAGCCAUACAGGAUUCACAAUGGGUAGGGUUUUCUUCGUCAGUUAGCAUUUAGAAGCCUAGUCAUAUGUUAUAUCCUUGGUCUGCCAUCAGAUUUAAGUUUGCAGCUUUCUGUUAUCCAUCGUAACCCCUCUUUACUUAUCCAAUAACUUGUUUUGUAGGUUCCGGGGACCGAUUUCAGUUAUUCAAAUCAAUUUUAUCUAUGAAUAGCUCGAAGGCUUUGAUCUGAAUUGAAGUUUGUGCAUCUAUAUGCAAGUUUUAUUGGG